UCAGACUUGAACAAAUCAAUGUUGCUUGCGCUCGUUUUCGCGUUCGUCUGUCCGUUGUACGCUAAGAUACCACGGAGAAGACCAUUCAACAUCAUAAACGCAACGGAAGCUGAUUGCAGAUUGCCGGCUGACUUAGGAGAUUUUUUCUUUGAUGUGGAGACAAAAACGUGCUUUCCUUUCAAGUACACUGGAUGCGGCGGGAAUAAAAACAACUUUGUUGAGUCAGCCCAAUGUUAUUGGGCGUGCGCAAAACAUUUCAACCACUGCCAGGGAAAAGACAAAUCUUUUGGCAAAUGCAAUGGAAGUAAAGACAAAUGUCCUAAUGGAACAAUAUGCUAUCAUAAUGGUCCCUCGAAGCCGAAUGAGGCUGAUUGUUGUGAUAAAAAAGCCCUCGAUGAAUUCAAAGCCGAAUUAUUUGCGAACGACGAGAAAGCCUGUGGUAAAAAUAAAACGAAAAGUUACGUCGGCAGGGAGUGCAGUUACCAAUUUUGUUUUGAAUCCGAAUGCAAACAAGGAAAAUACUUUGCUUACUGUUGCCAUUGAUCCCUAGAAACUUGCCUUCGCAUUGUAUGCUUUGAUUGCC